AUCCAGAGAUUAUGAGAGACAAAUCCUGCCGGCUCCUCCCCACCCUUAUCCUCACCAUCCAUCUUAUCAUUUCUCCUCCUUAACAUAUAUACAUAACAACCAUUUGAAGUUGUGUCCGUCACCAUUUUACAUGCUUUACUUAAAUCCUCAUUUCUUCUUCAUUUAGUAAAACAAAGUGUGUGUUUGUGUUAAUGGAGAUGAUGGAUGAGCAGGAAGAAGAUCUUGGCUCCUUCUCUUCUUUUGAUGACGAUGAUGAGGCAGAGGAGUUGACCAAAUCCUUCACUUCAUCAUCAUCCGACUUCAUCGAUGAUGCAACCUCUUCUUCCUUCAGUGCAAAUUCAGAGGAAGAAGAAAAUUCUCUUUUUGAGAUGUCCGAUCUUAUUGCCCUGCUUCCCUUCAAAAGAGGGCUAUCAAUGCAUUUUGAAGGAAAGUCCCAGUCUUUCUCAUCAUUGUCCAACGCGCAGACAGUGGAGGACCUGGCAAAGCCUGAGAGGCCAUAUAAAAAGAAGCUGAAGUCUUCCAAAAGUUAUGGAGGAGUAUUAGAUUCCAGUAAAGCUCUUUCUUGUGCUAAGGCUAUUGCUAAAAAACCAUCAAAAGGUUCCUUUUCCUUGUUGGGUCCAAAAAAGAAAGGUUUUUUUGACAGCAGCAGGAUUCGGUUUCUAUCCUUGAGCUCCCCAGGAGAUUUCUCCGGCCAAGCUCUUCUGUUUGCUUGAAGAAAUUAGAAAAUAAGUUUACUUCUAAUUAGAUGAUUAAAUUUCAUGAGAGUUAAAGCAAGUCAAUAUAUACAUAUCAGUUUUGCUCCAA